AUGGCGCCAAAUGCAGGUGCCGCUGACAGCACCGCAGAAAGCUAUAAAAGGUCCAAGUCGCAAUGGAUGCCCGGGGAUGUCCAGGCAGCACUCGACUGGUUCAGCACAGCCAUCAUGUCGCGCUCAAGCUUUCUUCAAGCUUCAACGCUACUCUCCUCUUUUCUAGCGUUAACAUCUGGCCAGACACCUAUCAGUUCGUCUGACAGCGGUUGGAGCACCACACUCGCUGGAACCCCUACCUCGUUUCGCUCCGUCUUCACUCUCCCUGCCUCGGCUGAUCAGGGCGUUGACCAGAUCCCUAACAUCUACGAUCCGGAAGCUGUCAACGCGCAGGAUGUCUGCCCAGGAUACAAGGCAUCCGGUCUCGAACAGGGUGAUCGCGGGCUGAGCGCCACCUUGACACUGGCUGGAGCUGCUUGCAACGUCUACGGCACAGAUAUUGAAGAGCUAGACCUGAAGGUUGAGUACCAAUCUAAGGGAAGGCUGGCUGUCAGUAUUGUACCAAAGCAUCUUGACGCUAGCAAUCAAUCCCAAUGGAUUGUACCCGAGGAUCUUAUUCCACGGCCGCAAGCCGAAGACUCCUCUGAGGGCACAGACCUCAAGUUUGACUGGGGUAACGAACCAUCUUUCUGGUUCAAUGUUGGCCGUCGCUCUACUGGAGACAUCAUCUUCACUACUCAGGGUACAAAACUCAUUUAUGAGAACCAGUUUAUCGAGUUCGUGAACAGCCUACCUGAGGACUACAACCUCUACGGUCUAGGAGAACGUAUCCAUGGCCUUCGCCUGAACAACAACUUCACCGCAACCAUCUAUGCUGCUGAUGUGGGUGACCCAAUCGACCGCAAUUUGUAUGGUAGCCAUCCCUUCUACCUAGAAACCCGCUACUUCGAGAAGGGCGGGAAUGGCAGCAAGACCCCCUUGAAGCAGUCUGAGCUUCAGCAGCCCAGCCUUGGCUAUGACAGCAAACCCACCGGUUCGGCGUAUGAGUCGCGCUCUCAUGGUGUUUACUACCGCAACACGCACGGCAUGGAUGUCGUUAUGAAGCCUGACCAUCUUUCAUGGAGAACAUUGGGAGGUGCAAUUGAUCUGUUCUUCUUCGAUGGACCUUCCCAACCAGAAGUGACCAAGGAGUACCAGAAGUCAGCGAUUGGACUGCCUGCCAUGCAACAAUACUGGACAUUAGGUUUCCAUCAAUGCCGAUGGGGAUAUCGUAACUGGACGGAGACGAGAGAAAUCGUUGAGACUAUGAAGGCCUUUAAUAUCCCUAUGGAAACGAUUUGGCUUGACAUUGACUACAUGGACCAGUACCGAGAUUUUACGCUUGAUCCCGUGUCAUUCCCUCCCUCUGGUGUCAAAGAAUUCUUUGACUUCCUUCAUGGAAACAACCAGCACUUCGUACCCAUUGUGGACGCUGCUAUCUAUAUUCCAAACCCAUUGAACGCCAGUGAUGCUUACGACACCUACGCUCGCGGAAACGAUUCCGAUGUGUUCCUGAGGAAUCCCGAUGGUAGUCAAUACAUUGGCGCUGUAUGGCCUGGAUACACUGUCUUCCCAGACUGGCUGUCUUCCAACGGUGUAGCGUGGUGGGUCAAGGAGAUGGUUGAAUGGUACAAGGAAGUGCCAUUUAGCGGUUUCUGGGUGGACAUGACUGAAGUCUCCUCAUUCUGCGUCGGCUCCUGCGGUUCCGGAAAUGUUACCUUGAACCCUGCUCAUCCACCCUUCUCUCUCCCUGGCGAGGUUGGCAACGUCGUUUUCGAUUAUCCAGAAGGCUUCAACAUCACCAAUGCAACUGAGGCCGCUUCGGCUUCAGCUGGCGCAUCAAGCCAGGCCGCACCAACAGCACCUACGGAGACGGCUGCUACAACUACCAGCUACUUCCGAUCAACGCCUACACCUGGUGUGCGCAACGUCAACUACCCUCCAUACGUCAUCAACCAUGUCCAAGCCGGAGCUGAUCUUGCUGUCCACGCGGUCAGUCCCAAUGCAACACAUCAGAAUGGCGUUGAAGAGUACGAUGUCCACAACCUUUUCGGUCACCAGAUCAUCAACGCCACCUACCAGGGUCUUCUUCAAGUCUUCCCUGGCAAGCGGCCCUUCAUCAUCGGACGUUCUACCUUUGCUGGUAGCGGCAAGUGGGCCGGCCACUGGGGUGGUGAUAAUGCAUCAAAGUGGGCUUAUAUGUUCUUUUCAAUUCCCCAAGCUUUGUCAUUCUCGCUUUUCGGUAUCCCCAUGUUCGGUGUCGACACCUGCGGAUUCAACGGCAACACCGACAUGGAGCUUUGCGCUCGCUGGAUGCAACUUUCUGCUUUCUUCCCCUUUUACCGCAACCACAACGUGCUCUCUGCCAUUCCCCAGGAACCCUACCGCUGGGAGGCAGUGGCUUCUGCAUCCAGGACCGCUAUGCACAUCCGAUACUCCUUACUGCCCUACAUGUACACCCUCUUCAAUGACGCCCACACUACUGGCUCUACUGUCAUGCGUGCGCUAGCGUGGGAGUUCCCCAAUGAGCCUCAGCUCGCAGGUGUUGACACACAGUUCAUGCUGGGUCCUAACAUCCUGAUCACUCCUGUCCUUGAGCCUCAGGUCGACACCGUCAAUGGAGUAUUCCCUGGUAUCGUCGACGGCGAAAGCUGGUUUGACUGGUACUCUGGCGAACGCGUCGAGGCGGAGGCUGGCGUCAACACCACCAUCUCUGCUCCUUUGGGUCAUAUCCCUGUGUACGUUCGCGGUGGCUCAGUCCUUCCGAUCCAAGAACCCGGUUACACAACGACCGAGUCCCGCAACAACCCAUGGGGUCUCAUCGUUGCGCUCUCAACAGAUGGCACUGCUUCUGGUAACUUGUAUGUUGAUGACGGCGAGUCUCUAGAGCCAGAGUCGUGCCUGGACGUUACGUUUGCUGCUAUGACUGGACAGCUGAAGGUCAAUGUUGAGGGCGAGUUCAAGGACACGAACGCGCUUGCUAAUGUGACCAUUCUGGGUGCUCCAGCAGUUGGACAGGUCAAGUUGAACGGCGAGACAAUCGAUGCAAGCAAGGUGAGUUACAACUCUACUAGCAGCGUCCUAAAGCUGUCAGGCUUGAACGACUUGACUAGUGGGGGAGCUUGGCAGGGAAGCUGGACCCUAAGCUGGGAAUAA